AUGUUUAUAGCAACGGCGCGUUUCUCUCACGGGACGCACACAGGAGCACAUAAUACUGUCACAUGGACGGAGAAAAGCCCGAUCUCUCUGCGGAAAGUGGCACGACCACACCAACAACAAGUGAUGUGUACAGAGUAGACAAAAACCUUCCCGGACGAUUUAACAACCCGAACUGCUUUCGAGGAUACAGCAAAAAACCUGCCCACCCGUUAUAUCAGACAUCAAACCAGACUUACGGAAGCAAAAAACCGACUGUCCAUGAAAUGCCUACAACCUUCAAUGGGACUAACAGGACGUUUUCUGAGCAGAAACUCAAAAGCGGCAUGUACAGAGAUAAUGGCUUCAACACAUCUCUGGAUAAAAGUAAAGUUACAGGACCCAACAUAACGGCCAUGUAUGAUAAGCGUCCCAGACGUUUUUGUGAAUACAGUUGUCAUGACACCGUCUCGUCUGCUAAUAAAGAGAACUAACUUUACCCAAAAUUAAGACUAAAUAAAUAAAAAUAUAUAUUGCUAUUGUAGUCUGGAAGACCAAUAAAGAUACUUCUUU